AUGAAAAUCAAGUUCAAGACCCACGCCAAGUGCUUGACGCAUGGAAAGUCAUGCCCCCUCCAGAUUAAGGGGUCUUCCUUAGUCCUGGGAGCACCUUGCAUCGCCUUCAGCCGGCUUGGUGCACGAGAGGGGUGGCAAAAUGUCCAGAAGGCACAGGUCCAUGCUGUGGCCACAGCAGCGAUGAACCUUGCACAGUCCUCAACACACGAGAACGUGGUUGGCUACGACCCCAAGAUGCUAGAGAGUUCUUGCACCAAUGAGAUUCAACUGGCUCAGAUGAUGCCGCAGCGAUUUGGAUACCCAGCCGGCAGGCCUCGCGAGUACAGGAUCGCUUGGAAUCCGACCGAGCGAGAGUGGGGCCAGGAUUUGACUUUUCAACAACUUGCUGACACCAUUCUCGCAAAGAAGGGUGCAGUGCCAGUCUUGUCGCCAACUUGUUUCGCUAUCAGCAGUUCGGAAGAAAUCAAGUCACUGGUUGGGCCCAAGUCUCCAGAAGAUGCCCUUUCUCCGUCUAUGCAGACAAGCCUGGCUAGCUACAGGCAUUUGCUGGGAACCACCAAGACCAUUUAUGACCUUGGGCAAUCCGCUGAAGCGGGCCGUGCCCGCACUGAUCUUAAACAUGGUGAACUUCCCACACUUGCCACUACCACCAGUCACCUAUGGUCCGAGGAGCUUCAAAGGUGCUACACGGGAAGAGAAAAGCUGUUCUCCCUUGGGGUGCCGGUUUGGGAGCCGGCAGCUGCAGCCGGAAAAGUGUUGGGCAUGGCCGUUGAUGGAACUGGGCCCAUCCAAUCCACGACAUUCCUCGAGCAAGAGGUCGGAUUCCGUUGCCUGGCCUCGCUGCUGGGCGUAGGAACCAAUCGCCUUAGGUAUGCAACAUUUGUCCGGAUUUACAAGGAAAGUUACGGCCGGGAGUACACGGAAAGUGUGCUCUACCUAGAGACGUUGGCGAGAAAUCGCUUCUAUGUUGGUGCAGUCCUGCCAGAUCUUCCUUGGCAUGGCACUUCCGUGGAUGUGGCAGAAAUCGGGGAGCUGUUGAUUGCGGCGUUGAAGGGCUUUGGUACAGCUGAUGAGCGAUGCUUGUGGCAGAAUUUGCCCAAAGACGAGCUGAAGCACAUUUACCGCAAAUAUGUGCCGGGAGAACAUUUUCGAUGGUACGUGGAGUGCCGGGAGAACAUUUUCGAUGGUACGUGGGGUGUAAAGGAGAUGGAUGCCGAUGACUUCACCCCGCCCCCCGUUGCGAAAAAGAACUGCAGCGCCUUUGGCAAGUUCUUGAAGAAGCAAGAGGGUGAUGAGAUGUAUGACUUUUUGGUUCUCUUUGACUCCGACAACAUUGCCGCGAAACGCAAUGCUCAUCCUGCAGAGGUUUUUGCCGCCUGCCGACGGAAUGCCGUGCGUUCGGGAUUGGUGCACGACAUGGGAAUCCAUGAUUCUGGGGGCAUUGAUUUGGCCAAGGAGCCUAUAUCCUGCAACGUCUGUGAUUCAACGCACCUGGGGACGGAUGCUCUAGAUGUGGUCAAAGGCUACACCAAGAUCACGGUCAUUAUGUUCACACUUUUGGCCUGUGCAGAGCUAGACCCAGAGAAUCCUGCAGACAUGAAGAAGCUGCAACCUUUGUGGGCCUUUUUGGACAAGGCAUGGCUUUUGCCAGCCAACGUCAUGCUCGAUCGAUCUAUGUCCCAGCGGAGUUUCUGCAAUUUGAAGUUGUCAUACAGAGGGGCGGAAAGACAACCGCCUUCGGCAUUGACAUUAGCGCCGACAUUCUCAGCGAUCAUGAAAGCCAAAUCGGAUGAUGGAUCUCACCCCGCCAACAUCUCAACGGAGCAGCGACUUCAGAUGAUUGUGCAAGAAUGGCACAAUGAGCCAGGUGUCAUCAGCAAGUGGCACCUGGACGAAGGGAAGCAAAGAGCAAUCCUCAACAUCCUCAUUGGCACGACUUCAGAAACGAGGAGCAUCAUCCAGCAGCAUCUCAGCUACUUUCGCUGGAAGGAAUCCGCCCUGUCCAGCGAUUUGCUGAAGUCCACUCGCUGGCUGCUCGGCGCGAGCCCCAAGCAAGCCAAAGAUGAGAUGAAGCGCAUCCUGACGGUCAACGACUCUGUUCAAGAAGCAUUUAUCCUGAACUACAUCGCUGGCUUCUGCAAGAGCACCCGCCGGGUCAAGCCCAGCGCUCGCUCCAAGUUGCGAGCAACUACCACAGAGUGGGAUCGUUUGGUUGACUACACCUGUGUCAUGCUCAAUGCGAGGAACAAGGCGGAUGCAGUAUGGGCUGACAAUGAGGAGAAGAAAAGGAGUGUGGGGGCAAGCCUGGCAAGGGACUAUAUGCCAGAAGUUCUUAGCUGCGUGGAGGUGGCCCUUCCAAAUUGGAAGGUGGAGCACCUGUCCUUGUGGAAUGAGCUUGUGAAUCCUGUGGUGGACAUGGAUAGCCAAACCGAGGACCUGAGCCACUUGGAGGAGACCACGGUUGCCGCACAGUUUUGUGAGCUCAAGUCCAAGAUCGCGCGUGAUGAGCUUGCAUGGGUCAAGUUCAAGAAUAUGGAGAAAAAGAAAGCAGCUCGUGAACAUAUUGUCUCCGUGACACACGCCAAAGCCCAAAAUGCAAUUGGGCAAGGGAUUGUGGAGCGCUACAUGGACAAGCAUUGCAAUCUCACUCUCGUCGCAGAUGUGUCCAAUGUCCCUCACAUUGGUUCCUGGCUCCAGCAGGCUGCAGCAGAGUGUCAAACCAAGGACAGAGAUCUGCCCAAACCAGUCAGGCCAGAUGAUCUUGCCGUUCUCAUGGUCAUUGACUUCACGAAGAUUGGCGUUACAACGACCGCAUCCAUCAACAAGCACUGCGCUAUUCUGCAGAAGGUUCUGCAACGCAAUCCCACGCGUAGCGCUGGCUUGAUCAUUGCUCCUUUGCUAGUCUCCUCGUCCGGUGGAGGAUGUCUGAGAAAGGAUUACAGAGAGAUCGAGGACAAGGCCGCCAACCUUGGAAUUGCCUUGAGAAGUGUGCAGAUAGGCGUUGACCUUUCUGGCCUUCACAAGAACACAGAACGCCCACUGUACUACUCUGCUUGGUUGGGUGUUAACGAUUGCAGUUUGCCUUCAAAGGGUACCGGCCAUCGAAAGAACAAGCGGGAUGAGUCCGACGGAAGUGUCACUGAAGUCAACAUCUUCACCAACAGCGUGCUGUGGAGAUUGCAAGGGCUGCCUUUGGAUAGUUGGCCCACAGGUCUUGCAGAAGCCGACUUUGUGGUUCCGUCUCCGAAGACUCACCUCGCAAGCUAUGAUGGCAGGAGAAAUUUGAGCGAUGUGCAGGAAACAUCACAGUGGCUUGGUGGUGAGAUGACCUUUGCCAAGUUGAUUGAAGGAGCUGUUUGCGAGCACAUCAAGAAGUGCGCAGUUGUGCACAGCACUGCCUAUGAUGGGGCAAUUGAGCGGGCUUGCAUCAAUUUGGGUGUUCCUGUCAUGAGCGUCACCGAUACUCAAGUCCACUACAGCUACACAUUGAUGACAAUUGCCAACAAACUCUUGGAGGCUUGGAAAGCUGGCAGCGGUUCCAUCGGCAAGUGUACACCAAAGUACCGGCAAACCCCAGUCGAUGAUGAUCCCAUCUCCAUUGAGAAGCCGGACUUGCUGAUUUGCUGCAUCGACGAUCAGGAUCACCUCUCUCUCCCCGGGACCAUCCGAGACAAAGAAGGAAAUGAUGGCAUCCCGAUGACCCUUCGGUCAGCCCUCCAGCAGGUGGAACUGUCCGGCCUCGUCGACUAUGAACUCGCCGGGCACCACUGCGCUCGCCCAGCCUCCGUUUGCCAAAACCAGGAAGAAGAAGAUAGGUUCGAAGUCGGGAUCAAGGAGGAUUCUUGCAUGGUUUGGAAGCCAUCUGCGGUCCAGUUGAAGAAUGUCAAGGAGGGUGUGGACUUUAGUGAGCCCAGCCCUCCUGGUUGUGGGUUUCACGCGAUCUCACCUGUCCUGCCGGACUUCGCUGGUUUGGAGAAGUAUGGCCUUGAUGCUUGGGAACCCAAUUUGGGAUCUGCAGCAAUGCCGGUGUUGCCACCAGAAGAAACCAGGCGACCAGAGCUUCGACGCCUACCCCAGUUCCGGUGGAGCGCUGCUAAGUGCAAGGCGGCCCCGUGUCCGUCCCCAUCCUUUCCGGAGCCCCAUACCUCAACACCCAAGCGAGAGCUUUUCCCCUCAGAUUCCCAAGAGACUUUGGAUUUGGGGUUUUGGGAGAGCACGCACCCAGACGCACCCGUUUCAAACGAGAUUUGGCAAGAUGGGCAAGGCAAGGAGAGCCUAACAGAAGAGAAGACCGAGAAGACAGAGAAGAAGGAGUCCGAGAACAAUCCAACAAAGCCUGCAGAAGAGAUUGCAGCUCCGGAAGGGCAGACACCCUUGACCCAGAAGUUGACAGACCCAAAACCAAAAGAGGCGACUCCCUCGACCGAGAAGGCCAAGAAGACACACACACCCUUGCCCGAGGGGCAGAAGGCAGCCUCACCCGAGAAGACACCGACACCCUUGCCCAAGGAGCAGAAGGCAACCUCACCCGAGAAGACACCGACACCCUUGCCCAAGGAGCAGAAGGCAACCUCACCCGAGAAGACACCGACACCCUUGCCCAAGGAGCAGAAGGCAGCCUCGCUCGAGAAGACACCCUUGCCCAAGCAGGAGACAAAGCCACCAGCAAAGAUGGCAAAGAGCAAGAGCGGCCAGAAGCCCAAGGUAGAAAGAAAGACACAGAAAGAGGCAGAAGAGAAUCAGAAUGCAGACUCGAAGACAAAGUCAAAAAAGGCUGGGGCUGGGGAGGGUGGCAAAACGAAGAUGCAAAAGAAGCCAAGAGGCAGCCAACAGCAGCCGCUGCCACAGCAGCCAGACGAGUUGAAGAAACAGGUCGGCUUCAAGGCUGUGGAUGACUACGUGAAGAGUGGAACCGUGAUCGGUCUGGGCACAGGCUCCACCGCCGCCUUUGCAGUGGAACGGGUGGGCGAGAAGCUAAAGAGUGGCGAAUUGAAGGACAUCAUAGCCAUUCCUACAUCCAUUCGCACCAAGGAGCAGGCCGAAGGUUUGGGCAUUCCCCUGGCCACUCUGGACACCCACUCUGACUUGGAUGUGGCCAUCGAUGGGGCAGAUGAGGUGGACCCAGCUCUGAACUUGGUCAAGGGCGGAGGAGGCGCGCUCUUCCGGGAAAAGAUCGUAGAGAUGUGUGCAAAGAAGUUUAUUGUGAUUGUGGACGAGUCCAAGCUUUGUGAUGGCCGGAACUGCUCAGUCUCCACGCGGCCGGUUUUGAGAAUCGUACUCAACUGUGAUGUUUUCGUGCAUGUGACGAACCUGACGAACGGCGGAUCGGAAGACAUGGUCGUGGGCGCGGAGAUGAGCUUUGACAUCGAGGAGGACCGGCGCAGCGGCAAGAAUCGCGCCACCAACGUGACCCUCACGAACGGCGGUUCAGGUGGCGGCGACCGCGACCGCGACCGCGACUAUGGCCGGAGCAAAGGCUCUGGCAAGCGUGAUCGCUAUGAUCCGUACUGA